AAUUUGUCUACCUUGAUUACAUUAUCCAUUCAUUUCUCCGUUAGCACAACCAAAGCUACUCAACCUGUUGCUGUUAACCCGGGAGUUGGGCACAAAAGGACGGGGAGGAAUAGGUACAGUUUUUAAUGUCAUAAUUUCCAAAAAUAUUCUAAAUUUUUACUCUAUUAACAAAUCAUUUGGUAAUAUUAGUGAUUGAAAUUUUAAAGCAGCAGUCUGUCUGAAUUGUUAGCAUGCUAGGCGAAAUGCUUAGCAUCAUUUCAUCCGUUUUCGUGUUCUGAGUUCAAAUUUUGCCGAGGUCGAUUUUAUCUUUCCUCUUUUCGGGGUUGAUAAAAUAAGUACCAUACUGGGGUCGAUGUAAUCGACUUACUCCCCUCCCCCGAAAUUGCUCGCUUUGUGUCAAAAUUUGGAACUAAUAUUGGUAGUCGAAAUAAGGCGGCGAGUUGACAGAACCGUUAGUAUGCCAGGUAAACUGCUUAGCGGCAUUUCAUUCAUCUUUUAGUUUCUGAGUUCAAAUUCUGCCGAGGUCGACUUUGCCUUUCAUCCUUUCAGUGUCGAUAAAAUAAGUACUGGUGUCGAUGUAAUCGAUUACCCCUCCCCCUAAUUUCAGGCCUUGUGCCUAUAUUAGAAAUAAUAUUGGUCGAAAUGAUGUUUUGAUAUUCCAUAUGUUGAUAAAGCGACUUAUCAAAUGGUAACCAACUUGUCAGCAGCAAAUUUUGUAGCGUGUUUUUCGUGCAACUGUAACAAGGGGGUACGUUGAAAGAAUGUUAGUAUAAGUAAAGGAGCAAGAGUUUAAAAAGUUCGAGAAACACUAAGCAUCCGUUAAUUCCACGUUAAAGAUUAACAGUGCUUUAUUUCAGAGGAAGAACCGUCUCUCUGUUGUUCACAAUCUCAUACACGUUUUUUCUUUCUUCCUCUCUCUAUCUGUGUAUCUUUGACUCCCUCACAUAUACACGUAUUAACUCCACCCCUCUCUAUUUGUAUCUCUCUCCCUCUCUAUAUUACAUAAACAAAGAGUUAGUUCCCCUGACAGUUCUUGUAGACGUUCUCCGUCAUUCAUUCAUCCAAGGUUUGUCAUAAGUGAGCUAAAAACUUGUGUGGAGAUAUGUAGUAAUUUUUAUCUCAAACGCAUUGAUGUUUACUUUAUGAUUUUGUUGAUUCUAAAAAUUUUCAAGAUCACAAAGUUGUGUGUGAUGAGACUUAGUUUGCUUGCUCUCGCAGACUGAUCAUACGAGGACAUCUGGCAUAUUUCCUAUUCGGUGUGUAUUGAUUUUCAUUUGACUGCGGCCAUGCUGGAGCACCGCCUUUAGUCAAGCAAAUCGACCCCAGGACUUAUUCUUUGAUAUCAAGUGGUAUUAUGAACAUGAAGAUUUCACUUAAGAUACAUCAACAUAAUUAUUCUUAAUUGAAGAAGAAACAGUGGUUUUUAUGAAGAUCUCGUAUAAAGCUGUUCAUUCAAAUCCUGGAUUAAAUUCAUCAUCAUCCUUUAUAUUUUAAUGUCCAUUUUAUCAAACUGCCAUAGGUUUGUUGGGAUACAGCAUAUAUCACUAUUUAUUUGGGAAUUUCUUCAGUACUUUGUAUCACAGUAUUUGAGAUUUGACCUCCAUUUUUCAACACAUCCUCUUAAUGAUUUUGUAUAUAAACCUUAAACUAAUUUACCAUAAAUAUACAUUCGGUUUCUUGAUGGGAAUUUUCAUAUAGAAUCUAUGUGAUAAGUGGAACUAUUUUUUGUGUUUUUUUUUUAAACUUCCUGAUUUUUCAUUGCAAGACAGAAUUCUAUCCUAAUUACAUCUCUUGGAAUAAUUAUCUCAGGAAUGAUUGUUCACUUAUAAGCCAUCUUGUUAUUGGCUGUUGGCAGGAAAGAACGAAAAUUAUUUUGUUGUUGUUGUUGCUGCUGUGUGGUGAAAAUGUGAAGAUUUGAAGGAAAAAUAUUGCAUAAAAAGCCAUAAAAUAUUGGUUUUAGUGAUCAGAGAUUGAAGAAGACCUACGUAAUGAUACUGCUGAUAUCAAUAUAAAGUCAUCCAUAAUUGGAAAUAAAUUAAUUGAAUGUAAACCAAAGGAGGAUCAAUUCUUCAUAAUUACAAUAUUUGUAAUAAAAGAUUCACAAUGAGCAGUUUGAUAUCUCAACAUAAACGUAUUCCAACAGGAGAGAGUCGAUAUCCUUGUGAUAUCUGUGGUCAAACUUUCUCUCAGAAAAGAGUUUUAACAGCACAUAAAUUUAAUCAUAUGCGAGAAAAUGCGUCUCUCUGUGAAGUCUGUGGAAAAACUUUCUCUCGGAGGGGAAGCUUAACUCGACACAAACAUAUUCAUACAGAUGAAAAGACGUAUCACUGUGAUAUCUGUGGUAAAUCUUUCUCCCGAAAAUGUCACUUAUCUACACACAAAUACAUCCAUGGAGGAGAAAAGCCAUAUCAUUGUGAUAUUUGUGGUAAAUCAUUCUCUGAAAGAAAUAAUUUAACUAAACACGUACUUAUUCAUACUGGAGAGAAACCAUAUCAAUGUGAUAUAUGCUUCAGACGUUUCUCACAAAAAAGUAAUUUAAAUACACACAAGUAUAUUCAUAAAGAAAAGAAGCCGUAUCACUGUGAUAUAUGUGGCAAAUCAUUCACUUGUGUCAGCCAAAUAACCCAUCACACACGUAUUCAUACUGGAGAGAAACCGUUUCAGUGUGAUAUCUGUGAUAAAGCAUUUCCUCAAAGAAGCGGCUUGACUAGACACAAACGUGUUCACACAGGUGAGAAGCCAUUUCACUGUGAUAUAUGUGAUCGAUCAUUUUCUCAGAAAACUGCCUUAAAUAGACACCAGCUUAUUCAUGCUGAAGAAGGACCAUAUCGCUGUGAUAUUUGUGGUAAAUUCUUCCUUGACAUGAACCAAAUAACCAAACACAAUUGUAUUCAUAUAGAAGAGAAGCCAUAUCAGUGUGAUAUCUGUGACGAAUCAUUCUCUCAUAGAAACAUAUUAGCAACACAUAUACGUAUCCACACAGAAGAGACACCGUAUCAGUGUGAUGUAUGUAGUGAAUUAUUUCCUGAAAUAAGUCCUUUAAUGAAACAUGUACAUACUCAUACUGGAGAGAAACCAUAUCAUUGUAGUGUAUGUAAUAAAUCAUUUUCUCAAAGAUGUCAUUCAAAUACUCAUCAGAAUACAGGAGAGAAGUCAUACAGUUGUGAUGUCUGCAGCAAAUCAUUUUCUGAAAAAAAGCAUUUAACGAGACACAAAAAAAUUCAUACAGAAGAGAAGCCAAAUAACUGAUUUGUGUGGUAAAUUCAUUGUUUUAUAGUUACAGGUAACCAAACGCAAACAUCUUCAUUCUGGAGAAGAACCCAAUCAUUGAACCCAAUUACUUUGGUAAUGCUUCCUCUGAAACGGUAUCUUUUAAAUUCAUAUGGAUUUAUUGUCCCUAAAUUGCUAUUUAUCUGUAAAGGUGAAGCAAUGACUGGGCAGCUGACCUGAAUGUCUGAAAGUUCAACAAAAGAAAAAGAGAGAAAGUAAAGGAUUCCCUCUGAGGCUUACAAAAACUUUCCAGGAACUAAUUUUCAACAUUUUCACAAAUGUCUUGGUGAUCGGGAGGCAAAAGUUUAGUGAGAAUUUUGAUAUCUCCAGAAAGAAAUGAAAGGAAAUCCAACAGAUUUUGUAUGCUUUUUACAUGGUUAUCAUGGCUGUGCCAUGAUGUAAUAUCAUUAUCAUAUUUUUGGUAAAUCAUUGUCAAAAACAAAUAUCUUGAUUACAGACAGUUGGUGGGUGGGAACUUAUCCCUAUGUAAUCAGUGGCUAAAUUGUCAGUCAUUGACAGAAAUAUCUCCAACUGGUGAAAAGCUAUAUUUCUGCUAUGUUUGUGGAGAAAUUAACAUUCUUGUAAUGCAAUCAUUUGAUUUAUUCACCCUGAGUAUAUCCUAAAAUAUGAGCGAUUCAUGACAAAAUAACUUCCCAACUGUAAAAAAUACUGCUGGAUUAGAUGAAAUACUCCCUACAAUAUUUUAUAAAGCCACAAAUAUAUCCAAACUGAUGACAAAGUUUACAACUGUGAUUUAAGUAACUUUUUUUCUGUGUUUUUUUUUUUUUUUUGGAGGGGAAAAGAGUUGCACCCAUGACCUUUUACAAGAGCUAGACUAAUGGGAGAAAUGAAGAACCCAUGAAUUUUGUGUUACCAUAGUGGGAAGCAGCAUAUCAAGAUAUAUUCGUACCAGUAAAAUGAUGUGAAUGCUUAUAACAGAGUGGACUCUGUACCAAAGGCUUCUAAAGGCCAACCUGGUGAUGACCUAAGACCGGGCACAGUCCAUCACACAGUCUUCCAUACAGUUCCAGUCUACACAGUUUCACUCUUGAUGCUUGAGUCAGCCAAAGUUUCUUAAGAAAAGCUACUAGAGCAAGAUGUAAUGCAGUGAAAUCAAACUGGGAGCCAUGUAAUUGUAAAGUGAACUUUAAAAUUGACCAAAUAGUUGUUGGCACUUCGUCGCUUACGACGUCGAGGGUUCCAGUUGAUUCCGAUAAAUAGAACAACCUGCUCGUGAUAUUAACGUGCAAGUGGCUGAGCACUCCACAGACACGUGUACCCUUAACGUAGUUCUCGGGGAUAUUCAGCGUGACACAGUGUGACAAGGCUGACCCUUUGAAUUACAGGCACAACAGAAACAGGAAGUAAGAGUGAGAGAAAGUUGUGGUGGAAGAGUACAGCAGGGUUCGCCACCAUCCCCUGCUGGAGCCUCGUGGAGCUUUUAGGUGUUUUUACUCAAACACUCACAACACCCGGUCUGGGAAUUGAAACCGCGAUCCUAUGACCGCGAGUCCGCUGCCCUAACCACUGGGCCAUUGCGCCUCCACCUGACCAAAUAAUAAUGUUGAUACAUCUAACAAUAAUUUGUUGUUAAACUCUUUUAAUACCAACAUCCUUGAGACCAUCCUUGGUUCUUUGAAACAAACUUGCUGUUUUAAAGUGAUCUAAAUUUAAACCUUCCAUCAAAAUGCCAUGUUAAAAACAUCAGCUGAAUAAUUAGUUAUUUUGCUAAAUUCUUCAUUAUUUUUCAAAAUUAAUUUAAACAACUGAAAUAUGGUAAUGAAAAAGUUAAACAACAAAGAAUCUGUUGUUAAGUUUUGCAAGAAUCACAAAUAAUUUUUAAAACAAAAAAAUGAACUAUUUUAUGAUACUAUAACAGGACAUUAUGUGACUGAACUUCACUGUAUGAAUCUCAUCAAAGAAAUUUAUCCCUUUGUAUACACUUUUAUUUAUGACUUGAUUUCUUUGGACCUUAAUGGUUAAGCUGAAUGUAAAUUUGCAUGUCUCAACAUUUAGUUUAAUGAAAAUAAAUAAAUGGUAUAUGUAAUCCAUAGAUCAUUGUCAACCUGUGUUAAUGUUCAUUUUUCCAUGCCAUGCAUUGGACAGAUCUGUUAUAUAUCGUAUUAUCAUUGAUCUUAGUCCUUUGUCAUU